AUGGCCGAGGUCGACUUGCAGCAGUUGGUCCUUAAAGUGUUCUCAAAACUCACGCUUCUGCGUCGCGGCGAUGAUGACACGACACUGGAAGUGACGCUUGGAUACUGGAAGAGAUCUACGUGGCCCAAUGCACUCUAUGCCCUGAUGAAUGUCUUUACGUUCGUCUACUUGAUGCUGUACGACGUCAUGCUCAGGGACGUCGGAUGCAGAUGCACAUCGUCUCGCCAUCUCAGCCGCGGCCACAGGCUCUGCUCUCUUCGUCGUGUACGGAGGACGUACCCAGUCAUCUCAGCGCUGCGUGUAUACGCCAUCACUCGCGGCAAGUAUACAGUCUCAUUAGCGACCUUCACAUUCUUCCUCGGCGGCGUAAUAGCAAAGAUAUUGCUUUGCGUCCACAUGUAUGCCAUGGCAGGCCCCCUAGGCUCGGCGUGCAUCGUCGUAUCCGGAAAGAACAUCAAUUUAGUCGAGGUCACGCUAAGGGUCUGCAACAUGGCGGCAGAAACGUUGGUCAUGUAUACCACCUGGAAACACUCGUACAGCAUGUGGAAGGCAUCUCGAUCCGACGGUAAAAACUUUCGAUUGACAAGUCUGUUACUGAGGGAUGGCACUGUACAUUUCAGUGUCCUAUAUGCGCUGAAUGUCGCCGCGGUCGUGUUAGACGCUAAGCAGGUCUUCAGAGAUUUCUCCCUCAUCCUGUACACGUGCGUCGUGGUGGUGCUCGACAUCGUCAAGCACAAACGCUUACUCGCGCAUCUUGCUAGGAUCAACACGACGCUGCUCUCGCAUUUCUUCCUGAACCUCCGGUCCGCCGCGCGGGACCCAUCCGUGCCUUCGCAUCCCCCGGAGCUGUCGGGCUCCAUCCGUUUCGGCCGCGGUGCGGUGUUUGGAAGUAUGGGUGGCACACUUUCCUUUGUGUCCGAGGUCGAGCUCGGAGAGUGCCACGAUUCCGAUGGCAACGAGAGCGAGUCGGAGAGCUUGGCCGGGUCGCCUGACCAUGUCGAUGUUCACUCAACCGCUGCCUUAACCAUGUGUUGACCCUCCGAGUCAUGGUUCGCUGUGCUCUGCAGGAUGAGGCGACGUCGCGCCGCAGACGAGGAACAGGUGUGUGUAUCUACAUCCCCUCUUCCGCUGCGUACGAGGACGCGCAGAAUGAGAUUUCGCAAACCAUUCAAGAGGUUUUCUGCCUUAGUGUUACAUAUGUUUUAAGGAAACGUCAAGAGUCCAAGGCCAUUUUCCUCAGCUCUUGUAUGUACUGAUACAACAAAUGAUUACAUUCUUCAAUUACAUGGUCCAAUCAACCGGAAGUCGCAUAGCAGACGAAGGCAUUGUAGUUGUAGGUCUCCGGGUUUGCGUUGAAUGUGAAGUUCGUACCGGGAUCAAGGGAGACAACGG